AUGGCCGCAGCUAAGGAAAAGGCGUCGGUAUGCUGCAGCCGCGAUGCGCCUGCGCGUGUCGCUGGCGCCCCUGUCAUCCCCAUGCGCGCGAUCGCAGCAUCCCCGGUCGGCAAGGUCGUCGCCUUCGCCGCGGGAGGCGGUGAGCGCGUGGCGGCAUCGGCCGCAGGCGCAAGCGGCGCCGUGAUCGAGGAGAUCGCCGCGGUCCAGCCCACCACAGCGAAGGCCUCCUCCAAAGGGAUACCAAUAAUGACAAGAGCCCAGAGGUGCCACCCUUUAGAUCCAUUAUCUGCUGCUGAAAUUGCAGUUGCUGUAGCAACUGUAAGAGCUGCUGGAAGAUCUCCUGAGGAAAGAGACAGCAUGCGCUUUGUUGAAGCUGUGCUGUUGGAGCCAGAAAAGAAUGUUGUGGCAUUAGCCGAUGCCUACUUCUUUCCACCUUUCCAGCCAUCACUGCUCCCUAGAAGCAAAGGUUCUGCUGUUAUUCCAAGCAGGUUACCUCCUAGGAGGGCCAGACUUGUUGUCUACAAUAAACAAUCAAAUGAGACUAGCAUUUGGAUAGUGGAACUAUCUGAAGUGCAUGCAGCUACUAGGGGUGGACAUCACAGAGGGAAAGUGAUAUCAUCUGAAGUUGUUCCAGAUGUUCAACCUGCAAUGGAUGCUAUGGAGUGUGCUGGCUACUACAACGAAGCUGAUGCUCCCAGUCGCAGACUUGGCAAGCCUCUGAUAUUUUGCAGAACUGAGAGUGAUAGCCCCAUGGAGAAUGGGUAUGCUCGUCCUGUCGAAGGAAUCUAUGUUGUUGUUGAUAUGCAGAAUAAUGCUGUGAUAGAGUUUGAAGAUAGGAAGUUGGUUCCUCUACCCCCUCCAGAUCAUUUGAGAAACUAUACUCCUGGGGAAACAAGAGGUGGUGUUGAUCGAAGUGAUGUAAAACCACUUAUCAUCAAUCAGCCUGAGGGUCCAAGUUUCCGCAUUAAUGGCUAUUUUGUGGAAUGGCAGAAGUGGAACUUCCGUAUUGGCUUCACCCCAAAGAGGGUUUGGUUAUCUAUUCUGUUGCUUAUGUUGAUGAAUGCAUUUGAUGCUGGAGAAGAUGGACUUGGAAAAAAUGCUCAUUCUCUUAAGAAGGGAUGUGAUUGCUUGGGCUACAUAAAAUAUUUUGAUGCACAUUUCACAAACUUCACUGGUGGUGUGGAGACAAUUGAGAACUGUGUUUGUUUGCAUGAGGAGGAUCAUGGGAUCCUUUGGAAACACCAAGACUGGAGAACUGGUUUAGCAGAAGUAAGGCGAUCAAGGAGGCUCACUGUUUCAUUUAUCUGUACAGUUGCAAACUACGAGUAUGGUUUUUACUGGCACUUCUAUCAGGAUGGAAAAAUAGAAGCAGAAGUAAAGCUUACUGGAAUUCUCAGCUUAGGGGCCCUGAUGCCUGGGGAAUCAAGGAAAUAUGGCACAACUAUUGCCCCUGGUCUGUAUGCACCAGUUCAUCAGCAUUUCUUUGUUGCCCGUAUCGACAUGGCUGUUGAUUGCAAGCCUAAUGAGGCUCAUAACCAGGUGGUUGAGGUUAAUGUUAAAGUGGAAAGUGCAGGCACACAUAAUGUGCAUAAUAACGCUUUCUAUGCUGAAGAGAAGUUGCUGAAGUCUGAGUUGCAAGCAAUGCGUGAUUGCGACCCUUCAUCUGCACGCCACUGGAUUGUACGCAACACACGAACUGUAAAUCGGACCGGGCAGCCAACUGGUUACAGGCUCGUACCUGGUUCGAACUGCCUGCCUUUGGCUCUGCCUGAGGCGAAAUUCCUGAGGAGGGCUGGGUUCUUGAAGCACAAUCUCUGGGUCACUCAAUACAAGAGUGACGAGAUGUUCCCUGGAGGGGAGUUUCCCAACCAGAAUCCUCGCAUCCACGAGGGUCUGCCAACAUGGGUCAAGAAGGAUAGGCCUCUGGAGGAAACCGAUAUUGUUCUCUGGUAUGUGUUUGGGCUCACCCAUAUCCCAAGGCUGGAAGAUUGGCCAGUCAUGCCGGUGGAGCGCAUAGGCUUCAUGCUCGUGCCACAUGGAUUCUUCAACUGCUCGCCUGCGGUCGACGUGCCUCCAAGCUCGUCUGAUGCGGAUGUCAAGGAAGCCGAGUCGCCCAAGGCCAUCCAGAAUGGCCUCAUUUCGAAGCUGUGA